AUGCAUAUCACAUUGACGCCCUCCCUUUUACUCCUGAGUAUCUUUACAUACUCUUCCGCAGCAUUGAUUCGCCAACAGGGCUUUCAAAAUAGUUUGGAGUUCAGUGUUGAUAAAGAGCCGCCGAUUUCUGCUACUGCUGCAGCGGACUUUAAAACGUUUGUACAAAGCCCUGUAUUCGCUCUUCCGUCCCAUGUAAGUUGUUCCUUGUAUACGAAGUAAAGUAGAUGUGAAGUCAUACUCCGUUAGCGAGUUGAGAUCAUCAUUUUCAAGGGAGAUUGAUAUCAGAGUGAGAGUUCUUGAUGGUAGUGCUGACUUUGAUUCCUCUUUAAGCUAGCAAGUCCCGAUUCAGAAGACACUACUCUUACUUCUCAACCUUCAUCUACAAUUGCGAUUGAUCGACGUGAUGAUGCGGUUACCAAUUUUGCUGAGCAAGUCAACCCACGCAAUUUGAGAGAAGGAGGCUUCAACAUGGCAACCUGGAGCCCUACUGCUUUCGCUGUCCUCGCCGGCCUUACACCAUUUGAGACUCCAACACCAUUACCUUCCAUUACUGCGGUGAGUAGAUAUAUUAUGGCUCAUUGAUUACUGCAUGUGAUAUGGUCAUGAGCUAAUUUUAAUAACCCAAGAAUCCGACUUUUAGCGAGGAAUUCAUGACGCCUACAACUACUUUCACAACUACCAUUAUGUAUUCCACCAUUUACUAUACUGUGCGCGAUGUCGCCAGAGGGGAAAGUAGCACCACAACAGUACCAUUGAGUCGAGCUCCACCACAAACUCUCCAGACAAUUACUGCAUCGCCUGCACUUGCUUCGGGUACUUAG